AUGGAAACAGAAGAGCCUGAAGGUCCGACAUGUCCGAUGGUUUUGUUAUCCCAAGCUCAACACGGUGGACGAUGCAUGUCUGCACAAGCACUUAAUUCCCUCAACGAUUUAAGACAAAAAAACCUUCUUUGCGAUGCCACAAUAAGACUCGAAGAUGGCGGAGUUUUCCAUGUACACAGGGCCAUUUUAUCUAGCUGCAGUACUUAUUUCAGAGCUUUAUUUACGACUACAUUGCAUCAUAAGGACAAAACUGAUGUUCUCCUUCCUGGCGUUACGUCAGAUACCAUGUCCAGGCUAAUCGAUUAUGCCUACCUUAGAACAAUUGAACUCACUCCAACAAAUGUUUAUACGUUAUUGGUAACGGCUGAUUACCUUUGCGUGAUCGGAGUACUUAAUUUGUGUUGCGAAUAUUUAAAAAGCAUACUCAAACCUGAAAAUUGUAUCGGAGUGAUGAGAUUUGCAAGAGAACACUUUUGUACAUCUCUAGAAAAAGAAGCUUGGAUGUAUAUAAUGAGAAAUUUUUCACAAUUAAUGAAUAAAAGUCAAGAAUUGCUUGAACUUCCGCUGGAAGAACUUAAAGCAAUGAUAGGAGCCGAUGAACUUAAUGUCAAAGGAGAGGAAAUUGUUUGGGAAACUGUACUUAAAUGGAUAGAAUUUGACGUUGAUAAUCGUAAACCUUUCAUUGUCGAACUCAUGAGAAACAUAAGAUUAGGACUUUUGGAAACGCAAUUUUUUUUGGAAAAAGUCAAAGAUCAUCCCUACGUGGCGGGAAACGAAGCCUGUCGUCCCGUCAUCAUCGAAACUCUCAGGUUUUUAUACGACUUGGAAAUGAUAACUCAAAAAGAUGGAGAGGUACCGACACCGGAAAUAGCUCGACCUCGUGUUCCUCACGAAAUACUUUUUGCCAUCGGAGGAUGGUCCGGUGGAAGUCCGACUAAUUACAUAGAAACGUACGAUACCCGAGCCGACAGGUGGGUGAGAGUCGAAGAAGUGGAUCCGACUGGACCGAGGGCUUAUCACGGCACUGCCGUUGUCGAUUUCAACAUAUACGUUAUCGGAGGUUUCGACGGAAUGGAUUAUUUUAAUAGUUGUAGGUGUUUUGACGCGGUCAAAAAAACGUGGCACGAAGUCGCACCUAUGAAUGCGAGGAGGUGUUACGUAAGCGUGGCUGUUUUAGGAACAAUCAUAUACGCUAUGGGAGGAUACGAUGGACAUCAUCGCCAAAACACAGCUGAAAAAUACAAUUAUAAAUACAAUCAAUGGUCUCUGAUAGCGAGCAUGAAUGUUCAGAGAUCGGAUGCUAGUGCUACGACAUUGAACAAUAAAAUAUACAUAACGGGGGGUUUUAAUGGUCAAGAAUGUAUGAAUUCAGCUGAAGUUUACGAUCCGGAAGUUAAUCAAUGGACAAUGAUCACAGCCAUGAGAUCAAGAAGAAGUGGAGUAUCCUGCAUAACUUAUCACGGUUGCGUAUACGUCAUCGGUGGAUUUAAUGGCAUAUCAAGAAUGUGUUCGGGUGAAAAAUAUAAUCCGGUGACGAACGCUUGGUCUCACAUACCCGAUAUGUAUAAUCCGAGAAGUAAUUUUGCAAUAGAAGUUAUUGACGAUAUGAUAUUCGCCAUUGGUGGAUUCAAUGGCGUCACGACAAUAUUUCACGUUGAAUGCUACGACGAAAAAACAAACGAAUGGUACGAAGCCACGGACAUGAACAUAUAUCGUUCGGCCUUAUCCGCAUGCGUGAUAAUGGGCCUACCCAACGUUUACGACUACAUACACAAACACAGAGAACGUUUAAUGGAAGAAAAACGGCAAAAAUUAUUAGCGUUGGAAAAUCAACGUCAGCAUCAGGUUGCAAAUACUCACGCCGUUGAAAAUACAAAUAUCCCCCACAAUCAGGCCAGCUAA